GAUGUCCACUGAGCUCAUUUUUUUUUAACGCCUCGUCACUCGUGUCGCUUUUGUUGAAAUCCACGCGUGAACGCAACUACGCGCGCAGCCUAAUUCACUACAUGUCUAGACAGCUGCGGCGGCUCUCCAGAGGUGGUAAAUAUACAUCUGGCUGCAGAAUGAAUAAAAGGUGAACAGCAGAUAAACCAGCAGCCAAUCACAGCCCGAGCUUGAGGCGGCAUCCGAGCGCUGAUUGGCCAGUCGCACCUCGAGCUCCAGCUCAUAUUGAUGCGUGCGCUGCGGAGCCAACGACUCGUCUGUCUUUCUGGGUUACAGUAGUUUGGGGGUGAAAUACAGCAGCUUCACCUUUAACAGCCGGACUCUCUUUACACUCGUCUUUUUGCAGAGCAUCACCGGACCGCAGCCACGAUGGCGGAGGCGGAGGCGUUGGAGAAGAAGCAGCGCAACUCCAGCAACGGACAUGUUCUCCCAGCAGAAGCCCCCAGAGAAGACGUGUUUGACCACACAUACAAAGAGAAGGAAGGCCCCAAACCUCCCACUAUCAUCGUAUGGAAAAAUGUCUUUCUGAUGUCUCUGUUGCAUAUAGGUGCCCUGUACAGCGUGUUCCUCAUCCCCUCUGCACAUUCUCUGACCUUGCUUUGGUCCGUUCUUUGUUUUUUGAUAAGUGCUUUAGGAGUCACAGCAGGAGCUCACCGCCUGUGGAGUCACAGAUCCUACAAGGCCUCAUUACCUCUGAGGAUCUUUCUCGGGGUUGCUAACUCCAUGGCAUUUCAGAAUGACAUCUUUGAGUGGGCUCGAGACCACAGGGUUCACCACAAAUAUUCAGAGACAGAUGCUGACCCUCACAACGCCGUCCGGGGCUUCUUCUUCGCUCACAUUGGCUGGCUGCUGGUGCGCAAACACCCUGACGUCAUUGAGAAAGGGCGCAAGCUGGAACUCAGCGACCUGACGGCUGACAAAGUCGUAAUGUUUCAGAGGAAGUAUUACAAGCCGUCUGUGCUGCUGAUGUGCUUCUUCGUCCCCAUGUUCGUGCCUUGGUACCUGUGGGGGGAGUCUCUGUGGGUGGCAUACUUCAUCCCGGCUCUGCUGAGGUACACCCUGGUGCUGAACGCCACCUGGUUGGUCAACAGCGCGGCUCACAUGUGGGGAAACAGGCCCUAUGACAAGAACAUCAACCCCAGGGAGAACAAGUUCGUCACGUUCAGCGCUAUAGGUGAGGGAUUCCACAACUACCACCACACGUUCCCCUUUGACUAUGCAACCAGCGAGUUUGGCUGCAAGUUGAACCUUACCACGUGUUUCAUCGACGCCAUGUGCCUCCUGGGCCUGGCCAAGGACCGCAAGAGAGUGUCCCACGAGGUGGUCCUGGCCCGAUUACAGCGCACAGGCGACGGAAGCCACCGGAGUGGCUAAGGUUGACGAAUUGUGGUCAGCUUCAAAGGCUUAAACAAACCGAAACAGAAGAAGCUUCACAGUCCUUUGACAGCUAUACAUUUCUCAUCCUCCGAGGAUUCAUGAGGGCCUUGACCACAUUUUGCUUGUUUUUGUGGUUUUUGUAGCUGUAACUUAACAAAUUGUUCGAGACGGAUAAAAAAAAAAACCAAACACACUUUGCUAAGCUCUUGGCCUUGGUUUCUACUGUCCGGUCGGGCCAAGGUCUUGCAAAGAUGAAUUAGAUUUGAAGUAGAUUCAUUUUAAAAAAGUCGACUUCAUUCUCUGCUGUUUUUUUGCCACUUUUGUGUGCAUCAUUCAUGCAAGGUCAGUCAUGUAGCCGAUCAUUAUUUAUGUAAGUAUUACUCAAUUAUUAAUCAAAACAGAAAAGAAACAAAGCACUGAAAAACAUGGAGGAAGUGAUGAGGUACGAUGCAGAUUGGAGACGGUUGCCUUUAUUGCAGUUUACAGCAAGUUUUUACCGUUCGGAUACACAGUUAAUUCAAUUUUUGAGCGCUUUAAGAUCUGGAGAAAACAAAGGAUGAGGGUUUUUGUUAAAAAGUUGCUGGCUUUAAUGAAACGUGGCACAUGAUGGAAGAGUGAGGGAACCCAGACCUUCUCCUUGUAACUGUACUGAGAGCUGGUACGCCAAAACUGUAUGGAAACAGAGCAUGUUGCGGUGUCUAUUUUGGUUGUCUCAUGCAGAAAACCAAACUUUAAGUCGGUGUAGUAAUUGGAUUAAGUAUUCUCAAAGACUAUAGAAGAGAUGCAUUUAUCGUCAAAUAAAAACUGCCGUAUAAUAUCAACAAUAAAUACAGAUAAAUGUAAUUUUAACUCAGAACCAUGCAGCGUUUAAUUGACUCUUUUUGUGUUUUAAUGAUCAUAGUGCCAAGAGCAUGCCAACUGUCGACAUAUUUAGAGCACACCUGAGUCGAUUUUGCUUCUUCACUCAUUGUGGAAGUUUUUUAACAUGGUGGCAUCAGUGGCUUUGCGUCCUCUACCCCACUUAUCCACAAUCCUUUCGUCCAGAAACAAGCAGAGAUCUCAUUGGCCGACGUCACGUUACAGUUCUGGUGUUACAAAAACAACCCGUGCAUGAUGAUGUUCUGUAGUCGGUGUUGUAGUGAGGUGUUUUAUCAGUGACUCCAAUGGCAGAGCUGUGUCUAUUUUUGUAACGUUAAGUGUGGAGCUGCAUCGCUUUUGGAUCAUCAGAACUGUUGCCGUGGUGAUCUCUGAGACGGGGUCUGGUUUCCCUUCGGCGUCCCACAAAGCUUCAGGUGCAUUGAUGUUUACGCUCAUCUUCUAUUCAGACGCGCGGAAUGCUUAUGUUGUGUUAUUUAUAUGUAUUUAUUUAGUUUUUUUCCUUGUUGACCAAAAAAGUUCUAACCUGAAGAAGAUUUGGCGGUUAAAUAUAUCAAAUUGUUUUCCCCAAGAGUCAGGAUUCAACCUAAUGCCUUAUGACUUGCAUCCAUUCCUGGUUUUCUUCACGUCCUGUCAGUGAAGACAAAAAGGCUCAAAACAGAUCUGACCGUGUUUACAGGCCGAAGCGUUGUUUUUAUUCUGAUAACAUUUUAAUUUAGGCAAACGGUAGCAUGACAACAACAAGGUACUGUAAAUGCAAUCAGAUGCUCGAGGUUCACAGUCGACUAUUUAGAUAACGCCUGGUGCAGAUGUUUAAUCACAAGAUUUAAUUUGCAAAAUACAGGUCAGGCGCUCAUGUGCCAAGUAGUUCCGAUCCAACAAAGGUGCUGUCGUGAGGGACGUGAGAGCGUCGUCAGAGCACUUUGCCAAAACCCCAACAAAAUCCACAAGCCAUGCAAAACAACUCCUGCAGCCCAGAGCGCCCAAAUCAACAUUUUCCUAACAAUGACGUGGAGGAUCAAGAGGUUGUCGGUCUGAAUGAUAACGUCAACUGUAUUCUAUUCUGAAAUAAAAAUUCACAAUAUUUUCAAUACACUCGUAAUUCCAUUAA